AUGUCUUUAUCAAAGUGCUAUACCUCUACACCAGAAACAACAAAUACAGCUCGACUGGCGAGACUCUUACUAGGUCCGUGUACUGAUGUGUUACGUGAUAUUUUAAAGACAGAAGUGAAACCAUCUGAUUUGUCAAGAAAAGUUAAAGAAUAUAUAGACAAUUUACAAAAACAAGGAAAGCGUACUCAGCUUGAUAAAACACAGUUAGAGAUAUUUUUCCCAAAACCAACAAAAAAAUACAGUGGUGAUUAUUCUGACUUAGACAUAUCUUUAUUGUAUUUACUUCUACGCAAUGUAAGUAAUUAUAAAAUAGCACCACAUUCAAAAGGCUGGGGAAAGAUUCCUGAUCCCGGAGACAGAAGUGUUGCAGCCAACAUUGAAAGAAUUCGCCUUCUCAGAAACCAAUACUACGGUCACGCAGCUGAUCUGUCCCUAUCCGACUCAGACUUUGCACAGGAAUGGCGAAAUAUCCGGGACAUUGUGGUGGAGCUAGAGCGACACCUAGGUACAUCCACGGUGUACCAGGAUGCUGUCAACACGAUAAAAACCUGCCCAAUGGACCCAGUACAGGAGAAAAAAUAUAUAGAUUUACUUGGAGAUAUGAAGGAACUCCAUAGAACCGUCAAUUGUAUUUCAAAUCAAAUGCAAAUGCGGUCCUUUCGAAAUCCCACAGUUUCAGAAAGGAUUGAAAUAAUAAAAAAAAGUAUAACGACGCAUUGUGAAGAUAUCAGCCCCCUAUUUGUAAGAACUCGAGCGUUUGAAAAAGCAAGGGAACUACUAGGCAUCAAUGGGUAUGUCGUCAUCGGGGGUAAUCCUGGCACUGGAAAAUCCACAAUGGCUAAUUUUUUGAUAAAACAGUUGAUGGAGGAGGGAAAGGACCCUCUUCAACUCGACAAGUUUAAAGACUUAUACAAAAGCUUAGCACCCAAUGAUAAUAUAGUGGUUUUUAUGGAUAAUGUGUUCGGAGAAUUUUCUUUAUCCAGUGAUGAUGUUCAAGACUUUACAAGAACAUCUGAGACGACAAAAGAAUUGUUUGAUACUGAUACAGAUAAGUCAAACUAUUUGAUACUUACAAUAAGAAGUGAUAUAUUGAAGGAGUAUACUAGUAAGGGGAACGAUGAUACUUUUUUUGUGUCAUCAGUGGUUGACCUCUCCAGUAAGACAUAUGCUUUGCAAGAGAAUGAGAUCCUCCAAUUAGCCAUUAAGUAUGAUGUAUGUAAGAACAUGGAAGAGAAAGACUUUACCAGAAAAGUUUCUGAAAUGUCUUUACCUUUAGGAUUUCCUCAAUGUUGUAAAUUAGCAAAGCACAUGGAUAUUCAAGAAGAUAUUUUAUCUUUAGCAAAAAAUCCUGUUAUUUUUUUAAGAAGUUACUUCUACAAUCUUUUCGAGAAUCCGACUGCAAAAACUGCGGUUCUCGUGUAUAUUCUCCUUAGUGGAGGGGAAGUUGACUUUGAUUUUUCCGACAAUCGUCAAAUGGAUUCAGAGAAAAAACACGACUCUUUAGAUUUUAUUGGUCUUAAAACAUCUUUUAUAAAUGAUUUUCAAAAGAGUAUUAACUGCUUUGAUGGAUUUUUGACAAUUCGAGACUCAAUUAGAAAUUCUCUGCAGUUUUCCCAUAGUUCUGUGCAGGAAACUCUAUUUAAUUUCCUGUUUUAUUCCGAUCCUAAAAAAAUGAUACAAAAUUGCCAUCAUUCUUUACUACAGAUAUUUACAACAACUUUAAAACCAAACGGCACAAAAAUUAUUAUAGAACAGGGAUUAUUUGAUGAUGUUAUUUGUCGUAUUGCAAACGUAAUUACCGAAAGAUCUGUGGCCGGGUUUAGGUCAAUAUCUUUGCUAGAAUUAUGGAAUGAUUCAAAAUUCCAUGAGCAUGUUCUGGAAACAGAACAAUGUACCUCACUAUUGAAAACAUGUCAGGAUAUCAACAGAGAUUCCAUGAUAGUACAUUUUUCAAGAGCAGGAAAUAGACGAUGGGUUGAAUAUCUGCUGCUAAAUUCAGAUGAAAGACAAAGAUAUAGAUCACUUAACGUUGCAUGCUCAAAAAACCAUCCAGAUGUUGUUAAUCUCAUUUUAGCUUCUGGUGCAGAAUGUGAUCUGAAAACGUGUUUUUACGCAGUGCAAAGUGGUAUGAAAAACAGUCAAGGGGCCAGUGUAUUGCAUUCUGUGGCUGGUUCUGGAGACAAGCAUGCAUUUAAUCUGCUUUUAAAGUUUGAACUUAAUCCAUAUGAAAAAGAUCAAGAAAGCAGCCACACCAUUCUUACUUGUGCAUGUCAAAAUGGAAGACUAGAUAUGGUGAAAUAUCUUAUUGGGAAAACAGCCCAUUGGGAGGAUAUAAUCGAUUACUAUUCCGAUUUACUGGCGACCAGAGACAAUGACGGAAUGACAGUGUUACACUCGGCUUGUUUUGGUGGAAAUGUAGAAAUAGUUAAGUAUCUAAUCAGAAAAGGUCUGGAUAUCAAUGCAAUUUCCAAUGAUGGUCAAAGUAUUCUUCAUACUGCCAGCAGAAAUGGAAAGUAUGAAGUUU